GAAGUGGCAGAGGAGUGAGACUGGGAAGCGUGCUUGGGGGAGGGUGGGGACCUGGCAGGCCCCACCUCCAGGACCACAGGAGCCGCCCCAGCUCAGAGGCUUGCACUGCUCUGAUGGCUCCCGACCCCAGCAGACGCCUCUGGCUGCUGCUGUUGCUGCUCUCCUGCUGCCUUGAGCCUGCCAGGCCUGACAAGAACCCCCUGAACCCCUUGAAUUCCCUCAGGCCUCUGGAGUGGUUGUGGCCCACCAAGACCGACAAGCCAGUCUCCAAGUCCCAGAUCAGUUCACCUGUGCAGUCCACAGGGAACCCCACCACGCACGUUGUCCCCCAGGAUGGCCUUACAGAUCAGCAGACGACUCCUGCCAACUCCAGGCCGCCCCUGGAGGAUCAGGAAGCUGGCCAGAGAGGGACCCCUACAGCUCCUGCCCUCCCCAUUCCCCCGACGGCCUCUGCCGCGAGCCCAGACAUGAAGGAGGAGAAUGUUGCCGGCGUUGGAGCCAAGAUUCUGAAUGUGGCCCAGGGCAUCCGGAGCUUCGUUCAGCUGUGGGAUGAGGACACGGCUACCGAGAACUCUGCUGGGACAGAAACCUCAGCUUCCUCGAUCCCUAUGGUCCUCCUCACUCCUACUGAGUUCUCCAGCGCCCCCCAGGAGGAUGAGACCACUCUCUGGCAAAGCGGAGGCAGUCCAAGUUCUCCAGAUGUUCAGACAACCGAGGCCGGCACCCUGGCUGUGCCCACCCAGCCACCUCCCUCCCUGAGCAGCCUCCAGGCACCACUGAGAAGACCCCCAGGGCCACCAGCACCCCCAGGUAGAGCUUUUCUCUCUCCUACACAAACCAGGGCUCCUCCCUGGGGGAGCCAGAAGCCCCCCAGGCAGCCCCAGCAUCUGGAGGGGAACAGACUCUUGCCUAUUGCAUCCAGGCCCAGCCAGCAGCACCGACACUCUGAUGUUCACUCUGACAUCCACGGGCACAUACCUCUUCUGCUUCCCCUGGUGACGGGUCCCCUGGUGAUGGCUUCUCUGAGUGUGCACGGUUUACUCUCUGUCCCUUCCUCUGAUCCCUCAGCCCAGCUCUCUCCAGUAGCAGCUUUAUCUGAGCUCCCUGGUGCUUGGGUUUCCCACGUGGUUACCUCUUCAGGUGCUGAGCUUUCCAAUGACUCUGCAGUGCUGGGAACUGGCUCUCUGACCUCUACCAGCCGAUGCCUGCCUCUGCCACCCACUUUGACCAUCUGCAGCCACUUAGGUAUUGGACACUUCUGGCUGCCUAAUCAUCUAGACCACAAAAGCAGUGAGGAGGUAGAGGCCGCUGCACAGGCAUGGGGGCACCUCCUCCAGACAAACUGCCAUCCCUUCCUUGCCUGGUUCUUCUGUCUGCUGCUGGCUCCCUCGUGUGGCCCAGGCCCACCACCUGCCCUACCACCUUGCCGUCAGUUCUGUGAGGUCCUGGAGGAUGGAUGCUGGAACCACCUAGACGGGGGCAGGCUGCCAGUCAACUGUGCCUCGCUCCCUUCUCAGGAGGAUGGGUACUGUGUGUUCAUUGGGCCAGCUGCAGAGAACAUCGCUGAGGAGGUGGGACUGCCACAGCUCCUCGGGGACCCUCUGCCCCCGCAGAUCCAACAGAUCGAAGACCCCGACGUCGGGCCAGCCUACGUCUUUGGACUAGACUCCAGUGGUGGCCAGGUGGCCCAGCACCACUUCCCUAGACUCUUCUUCCGUGACUUUUCACUCCUGUUUCAUAUUCAACCGGCCACGAAGGCUGCAGGGGUACUGUUUGCCAUCACGGACGCCGCGCAGACAGUGGUCUCUCUGGGCGUGAAGCUCUCGGGGGUGCAAGAUGGCUACCAGAACAUUUCACUGCUCUACACGGAACACGGUGCCAGCCAGACCCACACAGGUGCCAGCUUCCACCUGCCUGCGUUUGUUGGCCAGUGGACACACUUCGCGCUCAGUGUGGAUGGAGGCUCUGUGGCUCUCUACAUAGACUGCGAAGAGUUCCAGAAGGUGCCGUUUGCUCGGUCCCCGCAAGGCCUGGAACUGGAGCACGACUCUGGCCUCUUCGUGGGUCAGGCUGGAGCAGCUGACCCUGACAAGUUCCAGGGAAAGAUCUCAGAGCUGAAGAUACGACAGAACCCCCGGGUGAGCCCUGUGCACUGCUUGGAUGAAGAUGAUGAUGACGAAGACAGAGCAUCUGGAGACUUUGGAAGUGGCUUUGAAGAAAGCAGCAAGCCACACAGAGAGGAGGAUAUAUCUCUAGCACCCAGGCUCCCCCAGCCACCCCCUGUCACUUCCCCACCCCUGGCUGGAGGCAGCACCACAGAAGACUCUAGAACAGAAGAAAUGGAGGAAGAAACCACGGUAGAGUCUGUAGGAGCUGAGACCCUUCCUGGCACAAGCGGAACAUGGGAAGAGAGUGUCCAGAAUCAUGGGAGUGGCUUGAUAAAGGGAGGUCUGAAGGGACAAAAGGGGGAGCCAGGUGCUCCGGGCUUACCAGGCCCAGCUGGGCCCCAGGGUCCUGCAGGCCCAGUGGUACAGAAUCCCAGUGCACAACCUGCCCCUGGAGCACAAGGACCCCCAGGGCCUCAGGGGCCACCAGGAAAGGAUGGAGCUCCAGGAAGGGACGGUGAACCGGGUGACCCUGGUGAAGAUGGAAGGCCGGGUGACACUGGACCUCAAGGCUUCCCAGGAACCCCAGGAGAAGUGGGCCCCAAGGGUGAGAAGGGAGAUCCUGGUGUUGGAGUUCGAGGACCUCCAGGACCCCCAGGGCCACCAGGACCCUCCUUCAGACAGGACAAGCUGACCUUCAUUGACAUGGAAGGAUCUGGUUUCAGUGGUGACAUGGAGAGCCUCAGGGGCCCACGAGGCUUCCCUGGCCCCCCAGGACCCCCUGGUGUCCCAGGACUGCCUGGUGAACCAGGGCGCUUUGGGGUCAACAGUUCCUAUGCUCCAGGACCUGCCGGCCUUCCUGGUGUGCCUGGGAAGGAAGGGCCCCCCGGAUUUCCUGGUCCCCCGGGACCUCCAGGUCCUCCAGGCAAAGAGGGCCCACCGGGAAUGGCUGGCCAGAAAGGCAGUGUUGGCGAGGUGGGCAUCCCAGGACCCAAGGGGAGCAAAGGAGAUCUUGGGCCUGUCGGUGUACCUGGAAAGACUGGCCUGGCUGGACCCCCUGGGCCAACUGGACCACCAGGACCCCCAGGACCCCCGGGACCACCAGGACCAGGAUUUGCCGCUGGAUUUGAUGAUAUGGAAAGCUCUGGGAUGCCCUUCUCGUCAACAGCCCGAAGCUCCGACGGGCUGCAGGGACCUCCAGGGUUGCCAGGACUCAAGGGGGAUCCUGGAGUGGCAGGGCCACCUGGAACCAAGGGAGAAGUUGGAGCAGAUGGAAUCCAGGGCAUCCCUGGCCUCCCAGGAAGAGAGGGUGCAGCUGGACCCCCGGGACCAAAAGGAGAGAAAGGGACCCAGGGAGAAAAGGGAAACCCAGGAAAAGACGGAGUUGGGCUGCCAGGCCUCCCUGGCCCCCCGGGACCUCCAGGGCCUGUGAUCUAUGUGUCGAAUGAGGAUAGAGCAGUAGUGAGCACGCCAGGACCUGAGGGCAAGCCAGGGUACGCAGGCUUUCCUGGACCUGCCGGGCCGAAGGGUGACCUGGGUUCCAAAGGCGAGCAGGGUCUUCCAGGGCCCAAGGGUGAGAAAGGCGAGCCAGGUGUUAUCUUUGGCCCUGAUGGCAGAGCCCUGGGCCCUGCCCAGAAAGGAGCCAAGGGAGAACCAGGCUUCCGAGGACCCCCGGGUCCUUAUGGGCGACCUGGGCACAAGGGUGAAAUUGGCUUCCCCGGACGGCCGGGUCGUCCCGGAACAAAUGGAUUAAAGGGAGAGAAAGGGGAGCCUGGAGAUGCCAGCCUUGGGUUUAGCAUGAGGGGAUUGCCUGGCCCCCCUGGGCCUCCAGGCCCCCCAGGUCCUCCGGGAAUGCCCAUCUAUGACAGCAAUGCAUUUGUGGAGUCCGGCCGACCUGGACUACCAGGACAGCAAGGUGUGCAGGGGCCUUCAGGACCAAAGGGUGACAAAGGAGAGGUGGGCCCACCUGGGCCUCCAGGGCAGUUCCCCAUCGACUUCUUCCACCUGGGAGCGGAAAUGAAGGGUGACAAGGGAGACCGAGGGGACACUGGACAGAAAGGAGAGCGGGGAGAACCUGGGGCUGCUGGUGGUGGAUUCUUCAGCUCAAGUGUGCCUGGACCACCUGGCCCGCCUGGCUACCCUGGAAUUCCGGGUCCAAAGGGAGAGAGCAUUCGGGGCCCACCUGGCCCUCCUGGUCCUCAGGGACCUCCUGGUAUUGGCUAUGAGGGGCGUCAGGGGCCCCCAGGACCACCAGGACCACCAGGACCUCCCUCGUUCCCUGGUCCUCAUAGGCAGACUGUCAGUGUUCCUGGUCCACCAGGCCCUCCGGGCCCUCCGGGUCCCCCUGGAGCCAUGGGUGCCUCCGCUGGGCAGGUGAGGAUCUGGGCCACAUACCAGACCAUGCUGGACAAGGUACGCGAGGUGCCGGAGGGUUGGCUCAUCUUCGUGGCUGAGAGGGAAGAGCUCUACGUACGUGUUAGAAAUGGCUUCCGGAAGGUGCUGCUGGAGGCCCGGACAGCUCUCCCACAUGGGACGGGCAAUGAGGUAGCGGCUCUGCCCCCGCUGGUGCAGCUUCACGAGGGCAGCCCGUAUACCCGGCGGGAGCACGCCUAUUCCACCGCUCGGCCCUGGCGGGCAGAUGACAUCCUAGUCAACCCACCACGUCUGCCGGAUCCACAGCCUUACCCUGGAGUUCCACACCACCACAGUGCCUAUGUGCACCAGCCACCAGCCCGCCCCACAAGCUCACCUGCUCACACGCACCAGGACUUCCAGCCAGUGCUCCACCUGGUGGCACUCAACAGCCCGCUGUCAGGUGGCAUGCGUGGCAUCCGUGGGGCCGACUUCCAGUGCUUCCAGCAGGCCCGAGCCGUGGGUCUGGCUGGCACCUUCCGUGCCUUCUUGUCCUCUAGGCUGCAGGACCUCUACAGUAUUGUGCGCCGAGCUGACCGGGGGACUGUGCCCAUCGUCAACCUGAAGGACGAGGUGCUAUCUGCCAGUUGGGACACCCUAUUUUCUGGCUCCCAGGGGCAACUGCAGCCUGGGGCCCGCAUCUUUUCUUUUGAUGGCAGAGAUGUCCUGAGACACCCAGCCUGGCCUCAGAAGAGUAUAUGGCACGGCUCAGAUCCCAGCGGGCGCAGGCUGACGGAGAAUUACUGUGAGACAUGGCGGACCGAGGCCAGUGAGGCCACGGGUCAGGCCUCCUCCCUGCUGUCAGGCAGGCUGCUGGAACAGAGGGCUGCGAGCUGCCACAAUGCCUACAUCGUCCUGUGCAUCGAGAAUAGUUUCAUGACCUCCUUCUCCAAGUAGGACCUCUGCCAGUAGCAUGGUGGACAGGGAGGCACAAGGAUGGACACAGUGCAGGGAGCAUGUGGUCAGCGCCCAGGGCCUGGCUGCGAUACGAUCCUGUAGAGUUCACAUUUUAUGUAAUCCUCGAGAAAUAAAAGGAAGCCAAAGAGUAUAUUUUUUUAAACAUUUAAAAUAGACUUCCUGCUCUUCCUCUCCCACUUGAACUGGCCAGGCUGGUAUUGCAGAUCUUCCUCCAUGCUUGGUGGAGCUCUAGGGCGAAGUCAGGCGGUAGCUGGGUGUCAGCAGGGGGCUGCCCUAGGGCUGUGGCCCCAAACCUGCUGACUUUCUCUAACCUGGCAUCUUUCCAUGUACAGAGCCUUUAAAAGGCAGUCUCAUGUGCGUGCUGGGGACAGACCCAGGGACAGCGCAGGGCAGCUGGGACUUUUCUCUCAGCACCCAGUGGCUGCCAACUGUACAGGCAGGCACCUGCUCACCCAGGUGCUAACUGGGACCACCCAUGCUGAUUGGUGGGAACCACCUCUCCUGCUUCCCCGUCUCUCCAGUAACAACACUCCCUGCCAGCAGCAGGUUUCCAAGCUUAGGACUCACUGUGAUGACCGGAUCUGAACCCUGUCCCCUGUCACUGUGUACAGAGGUCAGGAGUCUGGUCAGACUUAGCCUCAUGCUCAUUUUGCUGGGGGCCAGAAGUGACAUGGGGCCCACUCUCAGGCUUGUUUCUCAGACUGGCCUCUCUGGUGACCCAUGAGAUCCCAUCCUGAGUGGAACCGAAGCCCAACCAAGGUCAAGAGCCAGGUUCUGGGAGCACCCUGUCCUUGCUCACCAGCCCGAGGUCCACGAAUCUUGCAGCAGCUGCACAAAACACUUGUCUGGCAGAGGGACAUGUGUGCUCAGGGCCACAAGUGGCCAAUCAUAGCCACUAUACCUUCCUCAGGCUCUGCUGUCCAAGGAUGGGGACAAAUCCAAUGGGGCUAGUUCUGUGAUUCUGUGUGAUAUGAAGCCAUUUCAUAGAGGCACCAAAUAAAAGUGACCUUUUAUACAGACA